UAGGCAAUCUGGUAACGUCGUACUGCAACUCUCGCGAGCAUAGAAAGGCUUCCAGCGACACCGAAUACUGCCUCGAAAGGGUUGGGGGAACUCUGGUGGUCGUAGCUCGUUCCAUGGCGUAUUCAAUCUUGUACGGUACCUACUGCAACUCUCGCUAGCAUUAGCGAGACUUCCCUAGCCAGCGCGCUUGUCCCAGUAGUGAUAAUCCACCUCACUGCGACUCUCACUAGCCAGACCUCCUUGAACCAAAUAGAUUUUGGUCCGACCAAGCCAGUCCAAAAUGACCUUCAAUCACAGAUUGUGUUUUCACCCUUACACCCUCUCUAUUUGACUCCUUAAUACUUUAGGCGAUCCUUUCCGUAACAGCCUUAUCGUAGUACAGACACCGCGACAUUGAUCUCGAUGUCGCACUUCCUCAGCCAUAAAAACGAGAUGGCCAUACGUCUACUCAUCAACGAUGUCAUUUCGGGGUAGAGGCUCUGGCAGAGCACUUUUGCCGUUUGGGUUGGAUUACAGCGAUGUGUUGUCCUCGAACCACGAGACAGAAAAGGCCCAGAUUAUCUUGCCCGUCAAUGGGCCCUUGAACCAGGAAGAGGAGAGCGAGGCCAAACAAGCGAUAGCAUUCGCCAAAUUGAUGGCUGACGGCUCGUUUUACACUGGAACCAUUUACGACGCCGCCAACACAGAUGAUAAGACCAAAGUGGUCCAGAAAGCCACCGCUCCCGAUGGGAUAGAAAGAUAUUCCGACAAGUACAAGAAGGUGAAAAAAAUCGGCAGAACCAUAGAGGAGCACCCUUACCAGCUUGAGGUGUUCCCUGAAGAGUUGUAUUCGGUAAUGGGAGUCUCCAAGCAGAAGAAGAAGUUGUUGGCGUUGUCUACAUUCAAGUCCAACGGUGGUUUGAGGGAGUUCAACUUGAACAACCCUGAAGAAACAGAAGAUGAACAAGCCAAAUCCAUGUUGGAGAAGUUGAGGAACUUGGCAGAAGAGUUGGACAACGGUGAUGAAAAUAAGGAUGAAAACGAAGAGGACUUGGAAGAGGAUAUGGACGAAGACUUCGACGAAGAUGACGACGAUGACUAUAACGCAGAGAAGUACUUCGAUGACGGAGACGAUGAUGUGGGAGAUGCUGGAGGUGACGAUGAAGCCGCCUUCUAGGGCUAGCUACUCCUAAAAUGCUCGACUAAUAAGAUACUCUGCUAUCGCAAAUUGAGCCAGCUCGCCUCCAUACAACGGUGAGCAAUUCUAAAAAAUGUACUAUAGCCUAGAACGAAUGGUCAAUAAUAGAAAUGAAGCGAAACUGUGUAAACCCGAUGCGGCCAGGACAG